AUGGCACCUGGCAGCAGCAUCGAUACUGACUCCGCGGGGUCUACUGGCGAAAUCGAAAAGCCAUCGACCCUGUUCGAACUGACCGAAGAUUGGGAUGACACUAUUCGCUUCUACCUGAACGGCACCAAGGUUGCCCUCGACACCGUCAAUCCAGAGGUCACGCUUCUGGAAUAUCUACGAGGAAUAGGUCUGACGGGAACCAAGCUUGGAUGCGCUGAGGGAGGAUGUGGUGCUUGUACAGUGGUCGUUUCCCACUUCAACACCACGACAAAUAAGAUCUACCAUGCCUCCGUGAACGCGUGCCUCGCCCCCUUGGUUAGUGUUGACGGAAAGCAUGUCAUUACGGUGGAAGGACUUGGCGACGUGAAGAAUCCCCACGCAGUUCAGCAGCGGAUCGCGAUUGGCAACGGUAGCCAAUGUGGCUUCUGUACUCCAGGAAUUGUCAUGAGCCUUUACGCCUUACUACGCAAUGAUCCAACUCCCGAUGAGCAUGCCGUGGAGGAAGCUUUCGAUGGUAACUUGUGUCGCUGCACCGGCUACCGACCGAUUCUCGAUGCCGCCCAAAGUUUCAACUCGCGAAAUAACUGUGGCAAGGCUUCUGCAAACGGCGGAUCCGGUUGCUGCAUGGAGAAGAAAGAGGGCGGCGGUGGUUGUUGCAAGGGAUCCUCAACUGAAGGCGACAAGCUUGGCCCCGACGAGCCGACAUUCCCUAGGCCCGACUUCAAAGCAUACAGCCCCGAUACGGAGCUAAUAUUCCCGAAUGCUUUGCGGAAACAUGAGUUCAAGCCACUUGUCUUUGGUAACAAGAGGAAGAAGUGGUAUCGACCUGUAACGGUGGAUGAAUUGCUCAGAAUCAAGAAUAUCCACCCCGAGGCUAAACUGAUUGGCGGAAGUACCGAGACUCAGAUCGAAAUCAAGUUCAAGGCCAUGCUCUACAAAGCCUCAGUCUACCUUGGCGAUAUCCCUGAGCUGAGGACAUUCAAGUUUCAUGACGACUACCUGGAGAUUGGCGCCAAUAUAUCACUGACAGACUUGGAAGCCAUCUGCGAGCAGGCUGUCGAAAAGUACGGACCAAUUCGCUGCCAGCCCUUCAAGGCUAUCAAGAAACAGCUGCACUAUUUUGCGGGAAGACAAAUUCGAAACGUCGCAUCCCCGGCAGGUAACUUGGCUACUGCUUCGCCUAUCUCAGAUUUGAACCCCGUGCUCGUGGCAACAAAUACUAUCCUAGUCGCCAGGUCCCUCUCGGGUGAAAAAGAAAUCCCGAUGACCGAAUUCUUCCAAGGUUAUCGUAAGACAGCUCUGGCCCCAGACGCGAUCAUUGCCAGUCUUCGCAUUCCGGCUGCCGCUGAGAAGGGCGAGCAUAUGCGUGCUUAUAAGCAAUCUAAGCGAAAGGAUGAUGAUAUUGCCAUUGUUAACGCCGCCCUUCGCGUUUCCCUGUCUGACACCAACGAUGUGACCAGCUGCAACUUGGUAUUUGGUGGUAUGGCCCCAUUGACGGUAUCUGCGAAGAACGCGGAGGCUGCUUUGAUUGGCCAAAAAUUCACCAGUCCGGCAACUCUUGAGGCUGUGAUGAGUGCAUUGGAGAAAGACUUCAGUCUUCCAUUCGGUGUCCCCGGUGGCAUGGCCACUUACCGCAAGUCUUUGGCGAUGGGUUUCUUCUACCGUUUCUACCACGAUGUGCUCUCGGGGAUGGAAGUCAAGGCCGAGGACAUGGACGAGGACGUGGUUGCAGAGAUUGAACGUGCUAUCUCGUCUGGAAAGCAAGAUAACCAAGCCUCGGUUGCCUAUCAACAAAAGAUUCUUGGUCAAGCUAGACCUCAUGUUGCCGCGCUUAAACAGUCAACCGGCCAGGCGCAAUACACCGAUGAUAUCCCUGUUCAACAGAACGAGCUGUUCGCAUGCAUGGUUCUUUCUACAAAGGCCCACGCGAAGAUUUUGAGCGUCGAUGCCUCAGAAGCACUGGAAAUCCCCGGAGUGGCUCAUUACAUCGAUCACACGGAUAUGCCCAGCCCCGAGGCAAACUGGUGGGGAGCUCCUGUUUCGGACGAACAGUUCUUCGCCGUGGAUGAAGUUAGAACUGCUGGUCAACCCAUUGGUGUUAUUUUAGCAAACUCAGCCAAGAUUGCAGAACUGGGAAUGAGAGCCGUCAAGGUUGAAUAUGAAGACUUGCCUGCAAUCCUGAGUAUCGAGGAGGCUAUUGAGGCUGAGUCUUUCUACGGCCAUUACCGCUUCAUCAAAUGCGGUGACACUGAGGAGGCAUUUAAGAAUGCCGAUCAUGUCUUCGAAGGUAUUUCUCGCAUGGGAGGACAGGAGCAUUUCUAUCUGGAAACGAAUGCUUGCUUGGCAAUCCCCAAGCCGGAGGAUGGUGAAAUGGAGGUUUGGAGCGGCACUCAGAACCCCACUGAAACACAAGCAUACGUUGCUCAAGUCACUGGUGUAGCCGCGAACAAAAUUGUGUCUCGCGUGAAGCGCCUUGGUGGUGGUUUCGGUGGCAAGGAAUCGCGAUCGGUCCAGCUGGCUGGAAUUUGCGCUCUUGCUGCCCACAAGACCCGACGACCAGUCCGAUGCAUGCUCAAUCGUGACGAGGAUAUUAUAACUUCAGGCCAGCGCCACCCCUUCUACUGCAAGUGGAAGGUCGGUGUGACAAAGGAAGGAAAGCUUCUGGCUCUUGACGCCGAUGUCUAUGCCAACGGUGGCCACACACAAGAUCUGUCUGGCGCCGUUGUGGAGCGAAGCUUGUCGCAUAUCGACGGUGUGUACAAAAUUCCCAACAUGUUUGUCCGUGGCCGGAUCUGCAAGACAAAUACCGUUUCGAAUACUGCAUUCCGUGGCUUCGGUGGUCCUCAGGGCCUGUUCUUUGCCGAAUGCUACGUCUCGGAAGUUGCAGAUCAUCUCGGAAUCUCAGCGGAGAGGAUGCGAGAGAUCAACAUCUAUGAGCCAGGUGAAACCACGCACUUCAAUCAGGAGCUCAAGGAUUGGUACGUGCCAUUGAUGUACAAGCAAGUCCUGGACGAGAGCAACUACUACGAGAGACGGAAGGCCGUGGAGAAAUACAAUGCAUCUCAUAAAUGGUCCAAACGGGGCAUGGCUAUCGUCCCAACCAAGUUUGGUAUCUCAUUCACAGCCCUCUUCCUGAACCAAGCAGGAGCUUUGGUACACAUCUACCACGACGGCAGUGUGCUUGUUGCUCACGGUGGUGUUGAGAUGGGCCAAGGUCUUCACACCAAGAUGGUAAUGAUUGCUGCUGAGGCUCUUCAAGUGCCUCAGGACAGUGUUUUCAUUGCCGAGACCGCCACUAACACUGUCGCCAAUACAUCUGCUACGGCCGCAUCGGCCAGCUCGGAUCUCAACGGCUACGCCAUUUUUAACGCAUGUGAGCAGAUUAAUGAGCGACUGCGUCCUUACCGCGAGAAGAUGCCGGGUGCUAGCAUGAAGGAGCUCGCACACAAAGCAUACUUCGACCGAGUUAACCUAUCUGCGCAAGGCUACUAUCGCACUCCCGAUAUUGGCUACGUAUGGGGCGAGAAUUCUGGGCAGAUGUUCUUCUACUUCACUCAAGGUGUCACCGCCUCAGAGGUCCAGAUCGACACACUGACUGGAGACUGGACUUGCCUGCGUUCCGAUAUCAAAAUGGAUGUUGGACGCACUAUCAAUCCAUCCAUCGACUAUGGUCAGAUAGAGGGUGCCUAUGUUCAGGGACAAGGUCUUUUCACCACCGAAGAGAGUCUCUGGCAUCGUGGGUCCGGUCAGGUCUUCACCCGCGGUCCGGGUAACUACAAGAUUCCCGGUUUCCGUGAUAUUCCACAGAUCUUCAAUGUCAGUCUACUCAAGGAUGUUGAAUGGGAGAAUCUGCGCACUAUCCAACGUUCUCGCGGAAUUGGCGAGCCGCCCCUUUUCAUGGGAAGUGCUGUAUUCUUUGCUAUCCGUGAUGCCCUGAAGGCCGCACGAAAGCAGUGGGGCAACGAAGAGGUCCUUAGCCUGGUCAGCCCGGCUACCCCAGAGCGCAUUCGUGUUAGCUGCUCAGACCCUAUUUUGGAGCGGGCUCGAGUUCAUCCAAAGGAUGGCGAAAAGAGCUUCUUUGUGGCUAUUUAA